AUGUGGGCUUGGCUAUACCAGUGGUUUUCCAUCUUGCGCGAAAUAUAUUUGCAGCUCCAGGCCCACGCCGAGGGUCCCGCAGCGGUGGCAUCGACAUCGAGCUUCUGGUUCAUUACGGUUUUCGUUGGCCUCUUGGGCAUCUUAGUUUCGAACGUGUUGGGCGUCUUGUAUUUUUGCCGUGACAACCGUCUCGUCCUCUGCGCGCUGGCUGCAUGCGAUUUGGACACUCCAGCCUUGGUCGCUACACAGGCGCAAGACUACGUCAAGGGGGGAGCACCCGACGUUCGAGAACUCCGUCGCCGCAAUGCGUUAUGGAGAGGUUUGCCGUGUGCAGCAGUAUCAGUUUUUGUCGCUCUCCGAGGCGUCGCGCAGACAUCGAUAUGCGAAAUUAUCGUUCAGAUUCAAAUGCAGAAUGAUCUUGACCUACACCGCAGAGUCAUGCAAGAACAUCCCGAGUUUCACUCUGUGCAGCUGUACCCCAAGUGGGAAGAAGCAGGAACGAGUGAGCGCAUUUCGUUCCAGAAGAAAGUCAUCGCGUUGGUGGGAAAGACAUUCGGAGAUGACAGAUGCCCCGUUGCCCACAGGCACAUCCGAGAAGUGACCACAUUCAAGGAGUUCUUGGCCACGACUUCCUGGGCUGCUACAAGUAUGCAAGACGUGCGACAAUUUCAGGAUCUGAAUGCGGUGCAGGUCAGCAUUCGGCAACUUACCGCAUAA